AUGGUUAAGUAUCUUCAGCGCUUUGUGAUCCUCAUAUUCGGAGUGAAGUUGGCCACGGGUCAGGCCGUGUCAACUGCAGCGGCACAAUCGACAGGAUGGAAUUCCAGCUUUGAGCUCAACCCUGAGCAGCUGAGGCUGGCCAACCUGACAAGCGAUAUGGGUGCCAUCAUCAACACGAUUACCAACUUUGACCGGUCCCAGCUGGCAAACGGUGGAGCACAUGAGGAUGACUUUUACAAUGUUCAGACCCUGCCCCGGGACCAAUGGCCCAAGGAGCCGGGGAGGACGAUCAAGCUCCAAGAGUUCACGGACCCGUCGCCAUUCUCCAUUCCUGCAAAGACAGCUAUGUCCCGCAUCAUCUAUAGCACGACCAAUGCAAACGGUACUCUGAUCCCUGCGUCUGCGUAUGUCCUCUGGCCAUAUCAACCGAAAAUUCGUCGAGGCACAAACCGCACCUCUGCAUCAUCCGCACCAGUUGUGUUAUGGACUCAUGGAACCUCUGGCUUUUAUGCCAACGGAGCUCCCUCGACGCACCGUGGCCUUUUCUACGCGGACAUCGUUCCAUUCGCGCUGGCCGAGGCUGGGUACGCGGUUGUUGCCCCGGACUAUGCUGGGCUUGGUGUAGACGUCUCCUGGGAUGGAAGUCGUAUCCCACACCAGUAUUUUGUUCGCGAAGCCGGUGCUCACGACGCUCUUAAUGCUUUGAGAGCGGUUCAGGAGUCCUUUCCAACGCGACUCUCAAGCGAUUACGUCGUCAUGGGUCACAGCCAGGGUGGUGCGGUUGCAUGGGGCCUAUCUGAAAUCCUUGGUCGGAAAGAUCCUAAGUUUGGGGAUGUUGCGAAGGGUUACCGUGGUGCUGUUCUUGCUGCACCACCAACUGACGCAUUCUCAUUGACCUCUGCAGGCUUUCUCGCUUGGAUUGCCAAGGACCUUGACCAGAUAUACCCAUCCUUUAACCUCAGUGACUGGUUCACUCCACUUGGUAUUAGCAGAAUAAACCUUCUGAACGAGAUUCAAGGAUCCCAAAUGGUUACAUUUGCCAUGUUCAGUCCAGACGAGGUGAUCCUACAGCCCGAUUGGCAUGAGACUUGGUAUACUGGAGCUUUCGAGCAACUAGCCAACCCUGGAAAGCGGCCCUUCAAAGGACCGUUUCUUCUCGUCCACGGAACAGCAGACCCAGCAGUACCAUACAACACGACGAAGACUACUGUGAAAAAGACAUGCGAGAUGGAACCUGGGGACCUGGAGCUUCUGGCUGUGCCGCAAGGGAGUCAUUUCGCCGCCAUUAACGCGGCCAAACAGACCUGGUUGCGGUGGAUUGAAGAUCGAUUCGAGCAGCGGCCUGUGAGCAAGAGGGGUUGCUUCGAGUCCCAGUUGGACAGCCUCUUGCCCGUGGAGUCUUAUCAAGCGCUUCCGAAAUCGUUCCCGCUGUGGGCUGGGGAGUCACAGUGGUCUUACGAACUACCGACGGCAUUGUAA